CAACAGCACUCAUAUUAAUCAACUCACUCCUCCCUAACAAAUCAAAAAUGAAGUCAAAAAUGGCAAGCUUGUUCUCCCUCCUCUUCCUCAGCUCAUCUUCUUUCUCAGCCGCGUUCGACUACGCCGACGCUCUCACGAAAUCAAUACUCUUCUUCGAAGGGCAGCGCUCCGGCGAGCUCCCGCCCACCCAACGUCAACAAUGGCGGGGCAAUUCCGGCCUCUCGGAUGGGUCCUCUGCCAAUGUGGAUUUGGUGGGCGGGUACUACGACGGGGGAGAUAAUGUGAAGUUUGGAUUGCCGAUGGCCUUCACCGUGACAAUGCUGGCGUGGGGUGUUAUUGAGUUCGGCGAUAGGAUGGCGGGGGAGUUGGGCCAUGCGGUGGCGGCGGUGCGGUGGGGAAGUGAUUAUCUGCUCAAGGCUACAUCUGCUUCUCCCAACGCGCUUUAUGUGCAGGUGGCUGACCCAAACGCGGAUCACCACUGCUGGGAGAGACCCGAAGACAUGGACACACCUCGGAACGCCUACAAGGUGACAAAUCAGAAUCCGGGCUCGGAUGUUGCGGCCGAGACAGCGGCGGCGUUGGCCGCGGCUUCCAUCAUUUUUCAGCGCUCCGAUCCUUCUUACUCUUCCAGACUUCUUCAAACUGCUAGAAAAGUGUUUGAUUUUGCGGACAGCUUCAGAGGAUCAUACAGCGACUCCCUUAGUUCGGUGGUGUGUCCAUUCUACUGCUCCUACUCUGGAUACCAUGAUGAGCUUCUUUGGGGAGCAGCAUGGCUUCAGCGAGCUUCAGGAAACGGGAAUUACAUGUCUUACAUCCAAUCUAACGGCCACGUCUUGGGUGCUGAAGACGAUGACUACUCCUUCAGCUGGGACGAUAAGCGAGUUGGCACCAAAGUUCUGCUCUCUAAGGCCUUCCUGGAAGAGAAAACUGAAGAGCUGCAGCUUUACAAGGUCCACGCAGACAACUAUAUUUGCUCCCUAGUGCCGGGAUCAAGUAGCUUCCAAGCUCAAUACACCCCAGGGGGUCUCCUCUACAAAGAAACAGGGAGCAAUCUACAAUACGUAACGUCCACUGCCUUCCUUCUCCUCACAUACUCCAAGUACCUCAACGCCGCCGGGGGAUACAUCAACUGCGGCUCCGCAACAGUCUCUGCUUCAACCCUCAUCUCUCUCGCUAAGAAACAGGUGGAUUACAUACUGGGCGAGAACCCUGCAGAGAUAUCCUACAUGGUGGGUUUCGGCAACAAAUACCCGCUUCGCGUCCACCAUCGCGGAUCCUCCAUCCCUUCCAAGCACGAACACCCGAGCCCUAUCUCUUGCAACGAUGGAUUCCAGUAUUUCUACUCUAACGCUCCGAAUCCGAAUGUCCUGAUUGGAGCUAUCGUGGGUGGCCCGGAUAGCAGAGAUGGGUUCGCCGACGACCGGAGCAACUAUCAGCAGUCGGAGCCAGCCACAUAUAUCAAUGCGCCCAUGGUUGGCGCUCUGGCGUUCUUCGCCAGCUACAGCCAAGCUUGAAUCGUUGCUCGCUUUGUUUCUUGAUGCAGAAAGGAAAAUGGAUGCAGGGUGUGGCGUUAACUAGGAGCCCCCCAGCAUCCUCCUAAGGAAUUUAUGUAGUAAGAACUAAGGGAGUACGGUUAUGUAUGAUGUU